AAAACAGUUCCACCAUCUCAUUAGAAACCAGGUUCUACGAGUGACUGAGGGCACAGACUGGAGUAGUAGCUUCAUCGGCCAAAAGUGAGCAUGCUCAGUCCAUGGAGCAGGCUCAGUGACAGCAAGAGAACGAAAUCUCAUGGGCAGCAGCUCAGGGUGGUGAGUUGAACAGAGGGAAACGUUGAAAUGGCAGAGGAGAAGGAAGACCAGUCUAAAGGCAAAAUGUCUCCCGCUGAUUUCAAGACAGAUGCCAAACUGAUCCUUUAUCACUGGACACAGUCCUUCAGUUCCCAAAAGGUGCGUUUGGUGAUUGCUGAAAAAGAACUGAAAUGUGAAGAGCAUGAUGUAAGCCUCCCACUGAGUGAACACAACGAGCCUUGGUUUAUGCGAUUAAAUGCAUCUGGAGAAGUUCCUGUGCUCAUUCAUGGCGAAAACAUAAUUUGUGAUGCCACACAGAUCAUUGACUAUCUUGAAGACACUUUUGUGGAUGAAAAAACUCCAAGGCUAAUGCCAGAAGAAGGAAGCAUGUACUCCCCAAGGGUUCAACACUACAGAGAGCUCUUGGAUUCCUUGCCUAUGGAUGCUUAUACACAUGGCUGCAUCUUACAUCCUGAAUUAGCAGUUGACUCUAUGAUUCCAGCAUAUGCCACGACUAGAAUUCGUAGCCAAAUAGGUAAUACCGAAUCUGAAUUAAAGAAGCUUGCUGAAGAAAACCCAGACCUACAAGAUGCAUAUAUAGCAAAACAGAAACGUCUCAAAUCUAAGCUGAUGGAUCAUGAUAACAUCAAGUACUUAAAGAAAAUCUUGGAUGAACUUGAAAAGGUUUUGGAUCAGGUUGAGACAGAAUUGCAAAGAAGAAAUGAAGAAACACCAGAAAAUGGACACCAGCCUUGGCUCUGUGGUGAGUUUUUUAGCUUGGCUGAUGUAUCUCUUGCUGUUACAUUGCAUCGGCUGAAGUUCAUUGGACUGGCCAGAAGAAACUGGGGAAAUGGAAAGCGACCUAACUUGGAAGUCUACUAUGAGCGUGUCUUGAAGCGAAAGGCAUUUCACAAGGUUUUAGGACAUGUUAACAACAUACUAAUCUCAGCUGUUCUUCCAACUGCAUUUCGAGUAGCCAAGAAGAGGGCACCUAGAGUCUUUGGCACAACACUCUUGGUCGGCUUCUUAGCAGGAAUAGGGUAUUUUGCUUUUGUGUUUCUUCGGAGGAGAUUUGCCAACAUACUGUCAUCAAUUAGAACAAAACAAUAGAUAGCUCUGUUGUCAGCAAAUGAAGCGACCAACACUUCACAACCACCAAGCAUUUGACAAUUACACAUUUAUCACAGUUCAUUGCGGCCAGCCCACUAAUAGGUAAAUGUGAUGGCAAUGGCAUUCAGGUCUCAGAUUGGCCUUGUACAUGUUGGGAAAAUGUCAAUGUGUUUCAUCAGUGAUUUGUCACACGGUGACUGGAUUAAAAAUAUAUUGUCCUAGGAGGCCAGUUAGCUAAUUAUAGCUUGACUCAGCAGCACACAUUUAUAUCACAUUUGGAAAGCACAUGGGAAGUAUGACUAGAUACAUAUGUCUGAAUAGGUUUAUCGUGGACAGGUUUCCAAGGUGCAAAUAAGAGUUUGGCAUCAGGUGCCUGUUACUCAUUCAUGAGAAUUAGCUAAUGGGAUCUGUGCCUUGGAUAAUCCUUGCACAGAAGUCUUACAUACUGUACCUUCAGUUCAUUCAUGAAGCACUUUGCAUCAAGUGCCAAUUAUUGUGCAUAUCAUGUCUGGUGCAUAAUUUUGUGAUUUUAGGUAUAUAUUUUGUGUCUCUGUAUGAAUGUAGCCCAUAAUGUGCCUCAGAAAAUGUCUUUGUCAUAACUAUAGUGGCUAACAUGUUGCACAAUGCUAUGGAGAUGUGUAGCUGUGGUUCGGAGCUGCUGCAGAGUCAGAAGGCAGUCCCAACUCAGAAGAGACUGGGAGGCUGCACUAGCUUCCACAGUUUUCCUCAUUCAUGGCAAUGGGGAAACUGUGGAAGUGCUGCUAGCAGAACCGCCCAUUCUUAGCAGCAUCUGGCUUGUCUUCCAACUUCACUGCAGCUCCAGGCACAGUGUUACGUCUCUGUAAUGCAGCACAUCAUGUUAGCCAGCGUCUUUAGAACAGUGCAUACAGUUAUAAAUAAAGUUGUGUCCAGUGAGUUGCAGUUCUGUAUUUUGCCCAUUAAAAAUGGUCUGCAAACAGCAGUUUGGCUAUUAAGCACAGGUUCAAAGUGGCAUGGCUGUCCUCUUAGCAGCAUGGAUUGACUGUACUGUAGGGCUAGAGUGGUGUGAAGAAAAUCCAGAAUGAAAGUAGGAUAUGUGUAGGAUAUAACUAUGGGGAGGAGAGAAGCUCUCAGAUAACUUCUGGCGAGACCUGGGAUUCUGAACACCGGGCCUUCUACUGGAGGGGUGCUUUCUAGAUUGUGCUGCUGUCAGUGGGAUCACCGCACUAUGGUUUCUUGAUCUUUCCUGGGUUGUUCCAUCUAGUUGUAGUCUCUUUCAGGCUCUUCUCUUCAUGAUUCAUUACUUAAGGAUUUAAGGUUACUACUGUGCAGUAGCACCAUGACAAGUUUGGUGAUGCCAGUUGGGUUUUAGGGAUGGGAUUUCAGCUAAAACUACUGCUUUCAUUAUUGCUCUUUGAUCUCAGUAGCAGGAGCAUAGCUAGGGGAGAGGGGGCCUGUGUUUGCCCUUCUCCCUGGCAGCUCCUCAAAGUGAGGGAGAUAAUGAAGAAAAUAGGGAAGGGUGGAGCUGGGGGUCCCUCAGGAAAGGGGAGGGUGGGUUCUUCGAACUCAUCCACUCAAUUAUAGCUACAACCCUGCUCAGUACUGUGAGUCUUCAGCUUCACCUCCCAAUAGGAACAUAGGAAGCUGCCAUAUACCGAGUCAGACCAUUCGUCCAUCUAGUUUAUGAUUGUCUGUACAGCCUGGCAGUGGCUUCUCCAAGGUUUCAGGUAGGAACCUCUCUCAGCCAGGGAGGGCUUCUUCUUGGAGAAGCCAGGGAGGGCUCUUGGAACCUUCUACAUGCAAGCAUGCAGAUACACUUCCCAGAGUGGCCCCAUGUGCUCACAUGUAGUCUCCCAUUCAUAUGCAACCAGGUGGACCUUGCCUAGCAAAGGGGAUAAGUCAUGCUUGCUACCACAAAACCAGCUCUCCUCUCUAGAUAUUUCUUUAAGAUAUGCCCAUUCAGAUGUUGACUGCAAAAUUCUAGUGAUGAUUAAUUAAUAUGUGUAAAAUAGCCACCUCUAAACAAACCUUAAGCCACCUAAUGGCACAGCGGGGAGAUGACUUGACUAGCAAGCCAGAAGUUGCCAGUUUGAAUCUCUGCUAGUAUGUUCCCCAGACUAUGGGAAACACCUAUAUUGGGCAGCAGUGAUAUAGGAAGAUGCUGAAAGGCAUCAUCUCAGACUGCGCGGGAGAUGGCAAUGGUAAACCCCUCCUGUAUGCUACCAAAGACAACCACAGGGCUCUGUGGUUGCCAGGAGCUGACACCAACUCAACGGCACACUUUACCUUUAAAUAAACUUGAGAGAAAGAGCUGUCUCUCCUGAUAUCAGCUCAAACAUAUGACUUUUCAGUGGAGGAGAUUGAUACAGAUGUGGGAAUCAGCCUUAUGUGAAAUGUUUGGGCCAUGAUGACUCCUCUCAUCACAAAUAGCCAGACCAAUUAGCUGAAAGCUAGUAAAUAAAACAGAAUGAACCAAGAUGCACUAUGUCAGAGAUGGCUGUAGGGAAAGGUAUUUCUUUUCAGUAAAAUAAACCCAGAUGGCACAAACAGGAAUACUGUGAAACACGAAGUAGGGAAGUGAAAAUUGCAUUUCUCAAGAAAAUUUGAUUUACCAGAUAAUUUGAUUUAUAUUCUAGACCACAAAUGUUGAAAUGUCAGACCAAGACUGGGUUUUUCCAGCAAUUUACGUCAGUGUCUCCUGUCCUAUGCUGCAUGUUCAAAUUGCACUAAUCUUUGAUCCAUUAGAAAAUCCCCAAAGUCAUUGAUGAGGCACCCCACUAUUUGUUCAUCUUGUUUGUAUCCCAGCCAUCUUCUAAGGCAUUGUAUUGCCCAAUCCUGUGUAUGUUUACUCAGAAGUAAGUCACACUGAGUUCAGUGGGUUUUAUUCCCAAUUAAGUAUUUGUAGCCAUGUUUCAUAAUAUUGCAUCCAGCUUCAUAACAACCUUACGUUGGUAAAAUAGGCUGAGAGAAGGUGAUCUUCCCAUCCAUUAAUGUAAUCAUUGGUCAGAGAUUUGAACCUGGGUUUCUCACAUCCAAGCACGGCACUUUGGUCACCAUGACAGUGUUUCUGAAAUGUUUUCAACCCAGCCCCCAUGUAAAUGCCCUUUCUAUGCUGAGGGCGGACAGACCACUCCAAAAAUGCACGAUCACAGUUGGCACCCCCCCCCUUCAAGAUCGUAUACCAUCGUGGCCACUCCGCUGAUGUGCUGAUGCUUUGCCCAGAGUCUGACCAUGGAGCUUGCUGGGAUUGGCCUCGGUGGCUGAGCAGCAGGGCGGGGCUCCCUCUCCUGGAACUGGAGGUUGUCGGACUGUGGUUGGGUGAACGUCUGCAGUGCGAUUUAGGGGCUCUGAAGAAAUCUCAAGGUGUUUACAGCAGUCAGAAGAGGCUGGAUGCUACAAGGAAGUGGUGUGGGGAGGACACAAGCAUUCUACAGAAUCCAUCAAAAGUCAGGUUGGCUAACAGAAGUGGGACUAAGUAGACACUGAACUUAAACACACAGGGACCUGAAGUUACCACAAUGGUUGAAAGAUGGGAUUGAAGAAAGGAGAAGCCAAGAAGAAAGUAGGUCUGCAAAACUUCACUAGAGGCCUAGGAAUAAGAGAGGUUGUGCACUACUAGCUGGAAGGGACAAUCAAGAAAAGAUUGGAGGGCUGAGGGUUGAUAGGCUUACUAGGUUUAUAGUCUAAAAUCUGAUGGGGCUGCUAUUCCUUUAAGAGUUGCAAAGAAAGAGAAUAUUAUGAGUUGUGGCAUCUGUCACUGCAGCAUUGUGACCUAAUAACCCUAAUGGGGCAAGGAAGGCCUAGAACCUUCCUUCUGAAUGGGGCUAGGGAGGCAGAUGAAUUUCACACACUGAUUGAACUAACCAGCUAAUUCCUUGACAGCAAGUUUCCAGUUCUGAAUAAAGUCCAGUAAUACAAGAAUAAAUGGUAUGCAUUUCAAACUGUAAUAUAUGACAAUGUACUAAAAUAAAGCAGGACAUAUAACUUUAGGUCUCCAAAUUGCAAAUAUUGGUGACACUCUUUAUUGCAAAAGGGCAGAAUUUCUGAUGAAGCCCCAUCAGCUACCACAACUGAAUGAAUUUCCCCAAACUUUUUCUAUCAGACUUAUCCUCCAACUUCACUCAGCAGCUGAGUAGAGCUGCUUGGUAGGAGAGAAACCUCCAACAGAGCUGUUGCUUAGCAUAUGAGCAUAGAUGGCACCUCCAAUCUAGGUUUUAACUGACAGAUGAUCAGCGAAUGGAAGUGCGCAUAGCCCCUGAAUUAGGAUAGGAGGCUUCUCUUAUCCUAAUGAUAGUGUGAACUUCCUUAAUGUGUGCCUACCUUCAAGUUCAGUUUUGGCUAUUGUCUCUUACAGUUGCUAUGGGAACCUGAUGAUGUACUCAUAAGAUACUGUACAUGUGGUAUAUACGAGGUGCAAACCUGCCAGUUGACAAUUACUGUCAAAGCAGAUACUGAAAUGGAUAAUUCACUUGUUUAACAUUGCUGAUUUCUAUUUAAUGGUUUAACAAAUUCUGAUUCUCUACUCAGUUUCACUAAUAAGAAACAUUCCUUUACAAUAAAAACAAACAAAGCCUUUUCUGUUUUGGGAGGUGGUAAAAACCAGAUGAUCAUAAUUUAACUGACCCAGUUAUUCUGGCAAUACUGAUAAAACGGAUAUGCUCUGUUUAUCAGCAUACAGUUUAAUGUAACCCAACAUCACUGUUUAUGUUCUGGCAUUUUUAUUUUCCAAUACUAACAAGUUUUAGAUGGAAGUAAGCCUAAUUAUUUUCAAUUGAGCUCAGUUUCAGAUAUAAAUGCUUAAGAUGGUAGACUUACUUUUUCACUGUUGUUAAUACACUGAGAUGAAUAAUCAUGUACUUACAUAAUAUCUGCAUGUAUAGCCUAGACCUUGAAACUGGAGAUCUGUAAUAGUUCAUGAACUUGCCUAGAGAUUCUGAAAUGUUCAGUUUGAAUGGUUAUAGAAAUACUUCUGCUCUGCUCUUGCUGUUAUAAAAGUAAAUGCUAUUAUUUGACUAUGGUUCAAGAAUAUGAAAAUAUCAUGCGUCUUCCUCAGUCUUUGUAAAUGUAUACAGUGCCACUUUUCUCUCAUAUUAAAGUGCCCAGCAUUCUAAAUUGUC